AUGAAUUCCUCUCAGCCAACAAGAAGAUGGCGAUCCGCGUUGAGUGCCGCUCGCAACGUGUUUUUCCCCGAAACUGUGGUCACUACGUUGCCGAGUGGCUUUCGAGUAGCUACAGAAGACACCAAGAUUCCUACAGCUACUAUCGGUGUUUGGAUUGAUGCAGGUUCGAGGUACGAGAACGAGAAAAAUAAUGGGACGGCUCAUUUUCUCGAGCAUAUGGCCUUCAAGGGAACUUCUCGCCGUACCAGAAACGCAUUGGAACUAGAGGUGGAAAAUAUUGGUGCUCACCUGAAUGCUUAUACUUCUCGAGAACAAACGGUUUACUAUGCUAAAUGCUUCUCCACCGACCUCGAACAAUCUGUCGACAUUCUGUCCGACAUAUUACUGAAUAGCAAUCUAAACUCCCGAGAUAUUGAAGCGGAACGAAGCGUCAUUUUGCGUGAAAUGCAAGAGGUGGAGCAAAACUUUCAGGAAGUUGUUUUCGAUCACCUCCAUACGGGCGUGUUUGAAGGAAACCCGCUUUCAAUGACUAUCCUUGGCCCUGUAGAGAAUAUCAAUUCGAUCCAAAGGAAUGAUCUCUUAGAGUAUAUUCAAACUCACUAUCGCUCUGGCCGCAUGGUUUUGAGCGCUGCUGGUGGAGUACGCCAUGAAGAGGUUGUGCGGCUGGCUGAAAAGUAUUUUGGUGGCCUUAAACAUGGAGAUGCUUCUGCAAACUUCCUUCCAGCAGCAUACAAAUCAUGUCAGAUACAUUUACCAGUCGAUGGUAUGGAUUCUAUUUACGGUGCAAUAGUGGUUGAAGGUGUUUCAUGGACUCACGAGGAUAACUUAGCGUUGAUGGUGGCAAAUACUCUCAUUGGCGAAUGGGAUAGGAGCCGCGGAUUCGGUGUGAAUGCUCCGUCCCGUCUGGCCGUCCGCCUUGGUCGCAACGCUGGUGUUCAAUCAUUUCAAGCUUUCAACACGUGCUAUAAGGAUACAGGUCUUAUUGGGGUCUACUUCGUGGCAGAAGAGUCCGCUUCUGAGGCGCUAGUUGAUGCUGUCGUGGACGAGUGGCGCUGGUUAGCCAAUGAAGUGAAUGCUGAGCAAGUGGAAUGCGGAAAACGAACCCUCUUGACAAAUCUUCUAUUAAUGUUGGAUGGCUCCACACCAAUAUGCGAGGACAUAGGUCGCCAGCUGCUUUGCUAUGGGCGACGAAUUCCUGUACCUGAGCUAGAGCUACGAAUUCAGGUAUCUGAAGUUUUGUUCAUGAAGGUUCAGUACGAUGUGUGA